AUGUCGACGUCCAACGGUGACUCCGCGACGUCAUCGCCGACCCAGGAGGAAUGGGAAGAAUUGUGCAGGGACGUGAAGGAGUCGUUGCUGGAAGAAGUGGGCGACGAGAGCUGGUACAUUAUCAUCGCCACUGUCAUCACGGUCUCGCCACGCCCGCAACUCCUCGCCGACUUCUGGACCUAUAUCACCACCCACGAGGCCGCCUUCUCGACGCCCGAAUCGCGGACCCGCCUCUCUGACAGAUUGCGAGACGCCCUCCUCAAGCAGAUCGUCUUGAUUGGCGCGCCGCAAGUUCUCUCGGCCUUGAUCCCCCUGGCGAACAGGCAGACUGAGGGGAAAGGGGAGCUAGAGCGAGGAGAGUUGGACCUGGAGCAGUGGUCCGGCAUCACCCUCCCGUCGCUGCACGCGCGGGGCAUCGAGGCCAUCACCUCCAUCUACGGCACGCUGUGGCCGCGCAUCUUCCAGACCUUCGGCCCGCACCGGGCGCAGGUGGGCAUCCACGAGAUCGCCAUCGUCUACGGCCUGUACCUGGGCGACUUCUCGACCCUGACGGCCCUGGAGACGGAGCUGGUGGCCUUCGCAAGCAUCACGUGCCAGGGCCUGCGGGGGCCGAGCCUGUGGCACGUCCGCGGCCUGGGGCGGGUGCUGGGCGCGCGGGGCGCCGACGACGAGAACCCCCGGAUGCGGCGCGUCAAGGACGUCGUGCGCGGCGUCAAGGUCGCCGCCGCCCGCGCCGUCGAGUUCUGCGGGCCCGACAUGGUCGCCCGCAGUGGGCUGGAUGCCAGCAACGGCGGCCUCGGCUGGCCGAACGUCGGGGACGUGGGGAGAGAGUUGGGCGGAUGGGGCGACGAUGAAUGA